AGAUGUCACCAGCGUGGGUGAUUCAAAUGUUUCAGAACAAGCAACCAUUUCUGUCCGAAGCAAUUGGUUCAAAGCUUCGUAAAGCCUCUUUUCUACGUCACUAGUCCGAGGUUCACCUGGCCAUACCUUCUCUGUGUUGUUGGGUGCCGUCUGCGGUGUUUUGAAAAAAAAAAAAAAGUCAGAGUGACGCCUCCUGUUCCCGGUGCUCUGACGGUUGUGUGUAACGGAAGACAUUUUGAGCAGCUGCGGUCGGUCUGCUCUGUUAUUUAAGUUGCAGUCUUAAGUCCGGGCUGACGUGCUGGAGAGUCAGUGUUCAGACUGCGCGGUAGCCUGUGAUUAAGAUAAGAUAAGAUAAGAUAAGAUAAGAUAAGAUAAGAUAUAUAGAAAACUGCUUAAGUUUAACCGGCGUACGUGUAGCCAUAAAAGCUAGCUUAGCACCUCAAGCAGCCACAAAAGCUAGCAAAGUCCUUGAUGCUAGUUAGUUAGCGUCAGCUAGCUGGCCUGCCCUCCUCUUCCUCCUUCAGCUCCUCCUCGACAGCCAGUCCCUUCACACAGAAAACAAUGGCUUUAAAACGAAUUUCCAAGGAGCUAACUGACCUGUCCAGAGACCCUCCGGCUCAGUGCUCGGCCGGGCCUGUCGGCGAAGACAUGUUCCAUUGGCAAGCUACUAUUAUGGGCCCACCUGACAGUCCCUAUCAGGGCGGUGUAUUUUUCCUAAAAAAAAAGUCAGUAAACCCCAUGUUUCUGAACUGGUGUAUCCCAGGCAGUAGAAAUGCACCAAUGCAGACCAGCAUUAGGUCCGGUACCGCCCUGCAGUACUCACACAUGUGUUUCUCCCCUCAGGUCGCCUUCACAACAAGAAUUUAUCACCCAAAUAUUAACAGUAAUGGCAGCAUCUGCUUGGAUAUAUUGAGGUCACAGUGGUCUCCAGCAUUAACUAUCUCUAAAGUCCUUUUGUCCAUUUGUUCUCUGUUAUGUGACCCGAACCCCGAUGACCCGCUAGUGCCAGAGAUCGCCCGCAUCUACAAAACAGACCCUGUGAGGUACAACAAGACGGCUCAAGACUGGACUCAGAAAUACGCCAUGUGAUCCACGUCUCCUCCCACGCUGCUGGAAACAAACUUUUUGAUUUUUCUCACAGCCCCUCGUCAGACAAUAACAGCAGUUUGUUCACAUUAUUUUGUCCCAUUCUCAGCUUUGAUGCUUUUUAACCCUGUAUCUACCCCCACCUCUGCUUUCUAAUGAAGGGCUGCAGAACAAGGCCCACAGAGCAGAGGGGGUCCACUGUAAAACCUGACCGAGGAAAGGCCUGUUAGAGUAAAUAACCUGCAGGAGAAUGAACCUGUAACAUUAAUGCAUGUCACUGAUGGUUCAUGUGCUGCUCAGAACAGACUCGCCCACUUUUAAAAAACAAACGACGACAGCUUCUUUGGGGUUUUUUUGUCUUUGAGGUUUUUAGAGAAGAGCAGUUAGUUCAUCCGUCAUCCACGACACUGUUCACUCUUUUUGCACUGAAGAAUCUCGACGGCUGAUUGAUCAACUAAUCGCUCUGUCACGUUUUUCUCAAUAAAUGGAAACAAAAUGCA